AUGGAAAUUGAUAAGCAUGAACAAGAGCUUGCUCAUGUGCUCCUAACGGAGUUGUUGGCAUAUCAAUUCGCCAUGCCAGUCCGGUGGUCCGAAACACAAAGCAUACUCUUUGAUAAAGUUCAAGUUGCGAAGUUGGUUGAGUUCGGCCCAUCUCCUACUCUCUUGAGCAUGGCGAAGAAAACCCUCGGCCAAUUCAACCUCGAAUCCGAUACGGUGAAUGGGAUUAAGCGAUCCCUCCUCUCCACCAGCUCCAACUAUGACGAUCUCCGUUACGACAUACCACCACCAACGGCAGAACCAAAGGUGACAGAGACACAAAAGUCGAAUGGUGGCUUCCAACCCGAUCCAAAGACAAGUAAACCUGUCCCCGAAGAACCUAUCCUCAGGGGACCUCCCCCCUCUACAAAUGCAGAUGCGCAGAUUCCAGAUGCCCCAAUUACGGCACUAGAAGCAGUCAGGGCGCUCAUCGCGAGCAGUUUGAAGAAAUCGGCCUCAGACGUAAAACUCGAUGACAGUAUAAAAGCCAUUUCGGGUGGGAGAUCUAUAGUGCAGAACGAAAUAAUAGGGGAUAUGCUAGAAGAGUUCGGCCCGUUGGCAGACGAUGUCGAGAACAUACCCCUAAAGGAAUUAGCUUCAAUCAUCCAAACUUCUUACGACGGCAAGAUUAAAAAAUGUCUGCGCAUGCGAAUCGAGAAGAUGGUAGGAUCCAAGAUGCCGGGUUCCUUCGAUUUAAUCACCUCCAGGUCCUACCUCAGUGACAAAUGGGGUCUCGCGUCGGGAAGACAAGACGCAGUUCUCCUGACUGCGCUGGGCCAGCAGCCCUCAGCUAGAAUAAAAACCAACGGGGAUGCCGAGGCAUUCUUUGACAACAUCGCUCAAGGGUACUUGGAUGGUGCGGGUUUAUCUAGGCAAAGGAGCGCUGCCGUAGCGAGCCCGCAGCAAACAAUGCUAGAUUCUAAAGUGGUACAGCAAAUCCGUGACGAGCAUUCCCAACUAAGAAGAAAGGUUGCAGCCCUUCUUUGCGAUGAGGAUGAAUAUACCUCAUCAUUAGCAACCGUCGAUAAUUCUGCGGAGAUUCAGGAUAAGAUCGACACCUACGAAAAAGAAUUAGGCGAAGACUUUUGUAACGGUAUCAGACCCAUCUUCAAGGCCGAUCACCAGCGAUCCUACGACUCCGUGUGGAAUUGGAGUCACGUUGAUCUUCUUGACGAGUACUACAAGCUUGUGGGAGGUAGCACAAAUCAGCAAGACCUCGAAUCAGCGAUUGCUAGUCUUCGAACCAGGGCCAGUAGCAGAUUUGAAAGGGCUAGGCAAUAUCUUCUCAAGAAGGCCUCGUCAUCACAGCAGGGCGAGACUGAAGUAGUAAUAAAGAGACUACUGGAGGGCCUCAGUCCUGAGGCUAUCAAGUCUACAGGCGAUGAAUCCCCACGUGAUGGGGAAUGUUUAUCGAUCGAUGCGGACUCAUUAACAAGCAGCCAACAGCGGGAAGUCGAACCCAAAGGACUCAAGUCUCCUCACAUACUGAAGAGAAAAGGGGUAACAUGGAUAGCUGACGAACCAUCGACAGCUCUCAUGAGUCUUGGCACUCCUAUAUCACCAAAUAUGUUCGCCGGGAAGAAUGUACUCCUAACCGGCGCGGGCCCAAAGUCCAUCGGUAUCGUCCUCCUUCAAUCACUUCUCCAAGGCGGCGCCAGGGUUCUGGUAACCACCAGCAGAGCCAUGCCCGAAGCAGGUCCCAUCUACCAAGAGGUAUUCGCAAGACACGGAGCCAACGGGUCUAAGCUUAUCGUGCUUCCUUGCAAUCAAGGAAGCAAGCAGGACGUUGAGAACCUCGUCGCGCAUAUCUACGACUCUGUCAAUGGGCUUGGCUGGGACCUCGACUUCAUCAUCCCGUUCGCGGCAUUGGCCGAGAAGGGCCGGGAGAUAGACAACAUCGAUUCCAAGUCCGAGCUUGCGCACCGGGCCAUGCUAACGAACGUGCUGAGGAUCAUGGGCGCCGUCAAGAUCGCCAAGGAGUCGCGUGGAUCGCGGACAAGACCAGCGCAGGUCUUGCUGCCUCUUUCGCCUAACCAUGGCACGUUCGGGAACGAUGGUCUGUACUCCGAAUCCAAGAUAGGGCUCAUGGCUUUACUGAACAAGUGGUCUUCGGAGAGCUGGAGCGACUAUCUCUGCCUAUGCGGCGUCAUCAUCGGGUGGACUCGAGGCACCGGCUUGAUGGCGGCCAACGAUGCGGUUGCGGAAGAGAUAGCUAAACGAGGUAUAACUACAUUCUCCACCGAAGAGAUGGGUAGGCAUAUCAUAGGUCUCAUGUCCGAUUCUGUUGUGUCUAUUUGCCAGACUGAAUGUCUCCUGGCGGACCUAAGCGGGGGCAUGGGUAGUGACCCUGAGCUAGCUGCCUUCAUUGCCGGCAUAAGGCACUCUAUGCGUCAAAAUGAGGAGAUCAAACGCGCUCUUGCUGAAGAAGCGGCCCUCGACGAGAGUGUCAUUCGCGGCAAGCUUACCACAACCUCACAAUCCGACUCAAAAUCGCGCAGGCCGCCUUUGGUAGAUCUCGAGCUAGACUUUCCGACUCUCUUGGACUAUACCACUAAGUUAAAGCCUUUGAACGCCCAACUAAAUGAUAUGGUUGAUCUGGAGUCAGUUGUCGUGGUAGUUGGCUUCGCCGAAAUUGGCCCCUGGGGCAAUUCGCGGACAAGGUGGGAGAUGGAGCUCCAAGGAGAACUUUCAAUUCAGGGCUGCAUUGAGUUGGCCUGGAUGACUGGACUCAUCAAGCAUAAUCCAAAGUCAACUGCUUCCACCGACGGAGCCGGAGCAGCUUGGGUCGAUGCGGCGACGGGCAUGCCCAUGCACGAUCACGAGGUGAAGGUCAAGUAUGAGAAACAGCUACUAGAACACACGGGUCUCCGGCUUAUCGAACCAAGCCCCCUGGACCACCCGAACCGGGAUAGCAAACAGUUCCUGCAGGAGGUCAUAGUCCAGCACGACCUAGAACCUUUUACCGCAUCUUUUGACACGGCGAUGGAGUUCGUGCGAGAACACGGAGAGAAGGUUGACGUUAAGCAGGUAACAAAGAGUGACCAGUAUUCAAUACGCGUCAAGAAAGGCGCCACGUUGAUGGUCCCUAAGGCCAAGAUAUUCGAUAGGAUCGUCGGGGGCCAGCUACCAACAGGCUGGGACCCAACGAUAUACGGGCUCCCGCCAGACCUUUGCGAGAGCGUAGAUCGAUGUACGCAGAUGGCGUUGGUGUGUGCAGCCGAGACCUUCCUCUCUGCCGGUAUCACCGAUGUGUACGAGCUGUACAAGACAAUCCACGUCUCCGAACUAGCCAACUGUGUGGGAUCAGGCAUGGGAGGCGGCCAGUCCUUGCAGAAGUUAUAUCGCCAGAGGUACCUUGACAGGUCGGUGCAAAGCGACAUCUUAGCCGAAGUAUUCAUAAACACCACAGGAGCGUGGUUGAACAUGCUUCUCAUGUCCUCGGCCGGCCCUACCAGAACCCCCGUGGCAGCUUGCGCCACAGCUUUAGAGUCCCUAAAUCAAGGCUACGACCUGAUUAACAGCGGUGCCGCCAAGGUCUGUUUGGUCGGUGGUUUCGACGACAUGACCCAAGAUACAUCGGCAGAAUUUGCCAACAUGAAGGCGACUAACAACAGUAUGGCCGACCUCGAGCGUGGCCGCGCACCGCAUGAAACAUCUCGACCAUGUGCUUCGUCUAGGAAAGGCUUUGUCGAGUCCGAGGGAUGUGGUAUGCAGCUGCUGACUAGCGCAAAGAUGGCUUUGGAACUAGGCUUACCUAUCCGAGCUGUAAUUGCGCAUGUGCAGACUGCGAGCGAUGGUGUAGGUCGGUCUGUUCCCGCUCCCGGGAAAGGGAUCAUGGUCAAUGUCCGUGAAAAUCCUGGUCUGGGGACUUCGCCUCUGCUAGACAUCGACUAUAGGAGACGGCUGCUAGACCACACCUUGAGAUCAAUUCGUGAACGUCAGAAGCUUUUCGGUCCCCUUACAGACUCUGGCGUCCUUAUUGGUGAAGCCGAGCUAGCUGCACAGCGAGAGGAGAAGGAGGCUCGGCGCAGAUUCGGCAAUGCCUUUUGGACACACGAUACACGUAUAUCGCCAUUACGUGGUGCCUUAGCUGUCUGGAACUUGACAGCUGAUGAUAUCGGCGUGGUAUCUCUCCACGGUACUUCGACCGACCUUAACGAAAAGAACGAGGUCGAGGUUCUGCAUCGGCAACUGAAGCAACUUGGUCGCACUCCUGGAAACGCAGCUCUAGCUGUAUGCCAGAAAUAUCUUACUGGGCAUCCUAAGGGUGCCGCUGCGGCAUGGAUGCUCAACGGGUGCUGCCAGAUACUAGAAACCAGCGCGGUUCCGGGUAACAGGAAUGCUGAUAACGUCGAUGCAGCGCUUGAGCCCUGGGAGAACCUUGUUUUCCCGAAUCGGACUAUCAGGGUAGACGAGGUGAAUGCGUUCAGCGUGACGAGUUUUGGUUUUGGUCAGAAAGGUGCCCAAGCUCUCGGAGUUCAUCCCAAAUUUGUACUGGCGACGAUUGAUGAGGAACGACGAUAUUUCAAAGCGAAGCAGCAUUUCCAAAAUACGUUCUAUGGGGGCUCCAUGGUGGUGUUGAAGGACGAUGCGCCCUAUCCAAAGGCUCGUCAACUAGAAACCCUAGUGGAUGUAUCUGCUAGAUUCGGGUAA